UCUUGGGAUGGGGGCUUUCUUUAUAAGCAGUAGAGCAGAAAGGACCUCACAAUUGCUUCAUCAACCGGAUGUCUUAAGCAUUGAGGAAGUUGCCUCAUCUACCAAGCCUGUGGUUAGAGCAAUAAGAAGGCUCCCCAAAAGAUUGAAAAAGUUAAUUGAACUCUUACCUCAGCAAGAGAUUAAUGAAGAAGAAGCCUCUCUCUUUGACAUGCUGUGGUUACUUCUAGCUAGUGUUAUCUUUGUACCAGCAUUCCAGAAAAUACCUGGAGGCAGUCCAGUCCUAGGUUAUCUUGCAGCUGGCAUCUUAAUUGGUCCAUAUGGUUUUUCUAUCAUCAAGAAUGUUCAUGGGACAAAGGCUAUUGCUGAAUUUGGAGUUGUUUUUUUGCUGUUCAAUAUUGGGCUUGAGCUUUCUGUUGAAAGAUUAAGCUCAAUGAAGAAAUAUGUCUUUGGGUUAGGUUCUUCUCAGGUUCUAGUCACUGCUGUAGCUGUUGGAUUGGUUGCUCAUUUAGUCUCUAGGCAACUAGGUCCAGCAGCAAUUGUUAUUGGCAAUGGCUUGGCACUUUCAUCUACAGCAGUUGUGUUGCAGGUGCUGCAAGAACGAGGUGAGAGCACUUCACGCCAUGGGCGUGCUACUUUCUCUGUGCUGCUCUUCCAGGAUCUUGCAGUGGUGGUUCUUUUGAUUUUGAUACCUCUCAUUUCUCCGAACUCAUCAAAAGGAGGGGUGGGAUUUCAAGCAAUAGCAGAGGCUCUUGGGUUGGCUGCUGUAAAAGCAAUAGUUGCUAUUACUGCUAUAAUUGCUGGUGGGCGCUUGCUUCUUCGACCAAUUUAUAAGCAAAUUGCAGAAAACCAAAAUGCUGAGAUAUUUUCUGCAAAUACUCUCCUUGUUAUUCUAGGAACUAGUCUUCUUACAGCACGGGCUGGACUCUCAAUGGCUUUGGGAGCUUUUCUGGCCGGUCUCCUCCUAGCAGAAACUGAGUUUUCCCUACAGGUUGAGUCAGAUAUUGCUCCUUAUCGUGGCCUUCUGUUAGGCCUCUUUUUCAUGACGGUUGGUAUGUCUAUCGAUCCAAAACUUCUUCUUGCAAAUUUUCCAGUUAUUAUGGGGGCAUUGAGUCUCUUAAUUGCUGGAAAGACACUGGUGGUUGCCUUAGUAGGUAGAUUAUUUGGUAUUUCAACUAUAUCAGCUAUAAGAGUAGGUCUUCUACUUGCUCCUGGUGGAGAAUUUGCAUUUGUCGCAUUUGGGGAAGCUGUAAAUCAGGGCAUCUUAUCUUCUCAACUUUCAUCGCUACUGUUUCUGGUUGUUGGCAUUUCAAUGGCUCUUACACCAUGGUUGGCAGCUGGAGGCCAAUUGCUUGCUUCUAGAUUUGAGCAGCAUGAUGUCAGAAGUCUGUUGCCUGUUGAAAGCGAGACUGAUGACUUGCAAGAUCAUAUAAUCAUUUGUGGAUUUGGUCGCGUUGGGCAGAUCAUAGCCCAACUUCUUUCCGAGCGGUUAAUCCCAUUUGUCGCUCUAGACGUCAGAAGUGACCGGGUAGCCGCUGGUCGUGCACUUGACCUUCCUGUGUAUUUUGGCGAUGCAGGGAGCAGAGAGGUUCUUCAUAAAGUUGGGGCUGAGAGAGCUUGUGCUGCUGCAAUAGCUCUAGAUACUCCUGGGGCAAAUUAUAGAACAGUUUGGGCUCUUAGCAAAUACUUUCCGAAUGUAAAGACAUUUGUUCGGGCCCACGAUGUUGAUCAUGGCAUUAACUUAGAGAAGGCAGGAGCAAGUGCAGUUGUACCAGAGAUUUUGGAACCAAGUCUCCAGCUAGCGGCUGCUGUUCUUGCAGAGGCCAAGUUGCCGACAUCGGAGAUAGCUGCCACAAUCAAUGAGUUCAGAUCCCGUCAUCUCUCUGAGCUUACCGAGUUAUGCCAAGCGAGUGGGAGCUCACUUGGAUAUGGGUUUUCACGAGUAAUGCCAAAGCCAAAGCCAAAGCCUCCGAGUUCAGAUUCUGAUGAAAUCGAAAUUAUGGAAGGAACAUUGGCGAUAUAAUCUCCACACUAGAUGACUACAUUAAUUUUGAAGCUUAUUUUUUACUAUGAAAUUUCCAAAAUGUACAGGGAAAAUUCAUAAAAUCUCAUGGUUUAUUUUUUUUUUAAAUUUCCAAAUAGGAAAAUUCUCUGUUUUCUAUUUAUUUUUUAUUUUGUUUUAAAAAAUCAUUUCUAGUAUUUAGAGUUGGCACCUUAAUCCUUGUAGUUGCUGAGACUGUAGCUUGCUAGAUUAUUCGAGUGAUUAUUUGAUCUUGCUCUA